AUGACGACCGCUCACAGACCGACGUUCGAUCCCGCACGCGGCAAAGAAGCCCAGCGCGGUCCUGCGUACCACCAGCGUCUUCUUCCGGCACACACAACACUCAAGCACAGACAAGCCGGUCAGGGCGGAGAUGCAGACGGGUACCAGCGCGACUUGCGCGCCGAGCUCCUGGAAGCCGAGGCGCGCCACUACGCGAAGAAGAACGGCACCUACGUCGAGCCGGAGGCUGCCGCAGACUCCAGCAGCGCCCCGAAGCGCCAGAUCGAAGAUGUAGCAGGCGUAGAAGGCUUUGAAGAUGAGGAGGCUGCGAAGCGGCGACGGAUAGAAGUGCUUGAGAAAUACAGGGACGAGGACGCGGACGAUAGCAGCGAGGAAAGCGACAGCAGCGAUGAAGAUGACGAUGAUGAAGAAGAUGAAACCGCCGCACUGAUGCGCGAACUCGAGAAGAUCAAGAAGGAGCGCGCCGAGGCCAAAGCCAAGGAAGAGCGGGAACGUGCAGCAGAAGAGGAAGAGCAGCGUGAGAUUGAUGUAGCGCGCGGCAAUCCCCUGCUGAACAAGAACGACUUCGCAAUGAAGCGUCGAUGGGACGACGAUGUUGUCUUCAAGAACCAAGCUCGUGGGACCGAAGACAGGAACAAGAAGAAGGAGUUCAUCAACGACAUGCUGCGGUCCGACUUCCAUAAGAAGUUCAUGUCCAAGUAUGUGCGGUGA